CAGACGAAAAGAAAUAAAGAAAUAAAGAUGUCUGCCUGCCUUUAAGGUCCACCUGUCGGCCCUAUUACGUGUCCUGGAGACUCCUGAGGUGCAGCGACCAUGAACGUCCAUCACCGCCAUGUGACCCCUGAGGAGGAUGAGGGAGAGGAUGCUGUCCCUGGCGGGAGCCAACACCUGCAGGGACGAUGGUCUUCAGGCCCAUUUAAAUGGAGGAAGAUCUCUGCAGGCGAGGAGGUAACACACAGCGAUGGAGACUCUGAGUUACAGGAGAUAACUCUUGGAUUGAACACGUCAAAUUCAGACUUCAGUCCCUCUUCGUCCUCUCCAAGGAAGAGAAGGUGUGUUGCUAGGGCAACUUCCUGCUACAAGGAAUAUAGCUCCGAUGACGAAAGUGAAGAAUCUUGGUCGCCUCACGACAGCGACGCCACGUAUCAGGAGGACCCGUCAGAGCUCCCUGAGUCGGAUUCUUCUCAAGAGGAGACGUCGGGACGUCGGGACGCUUCACCCGCCCGGCUGGUCGGGAAGUCCUCAGGUGAACGGGAUUCAAAACCCGGGCGCAAACCGCAGGCGGCUGCAUCGGCAGGGAAGUUCACAUCCUUUACCAGGAAGAAUCACUGCUACGUUUGCGGGAAAGCUCAAUGGAAAAUCGCUCGUCAUUUUGCAAAGCAUGCCGACGAGGAGCCGGACAUCGCCGAAGCCCUCGCUCUGCCCAAAGGCUCCCUUGAGCGCAAAAAGCUGCUCAACAAAUUACGAAACAAAGGAAAUCACAAACACAACCAAGAGGUGCUGAGGAAUAAAAGCGGAGCUUUGAAGUUGGGCAUGCGAGCCUCAGCCGCAGAAACCAAGGAGCUGGAGGAAUGCAUGUACUGUAAACGCAUCUUUAGACGGGGGGAGUUGUGGAGGCACGUCACCAAAUGUGCCAAGGACACGGCGGAGUGUGGCGCGAUGGACCGGGCGACGAUCCUGGACCGGGGAAUUCUCGAGGAGUCCACUGUGGAGAUCCUGUCCACGAUGGAACAGGAUGAGAUUGCCGUUGUGAUUCAACACGACUCCUACCUCAUCCGUCUGGCGCAAAGUCUGGUGAAGAGGUGCGGGAACGACCCGAGCAGGAGCGACUACGUCCGGAAGAGACUGAGGGAAAUGGGAAGACUCCUGAUGGAGCUGCAUAAGAAGUCCAUAUUAAGCUUUGAGGACGCCGUCCAGCCGAGCAACUUCUCCAAAGUGGUAUGGUGCGUGAAACGCGUCGCUGAGUUCGGCCUCAUGAACCGGAGCUACAACAAACCGGGCCUGGCUAUGGCUUUGGGGAAGUCGCUCAAAAAGGUGUGUGGCCUCGUCGUUGCCGGAGCCGACGGUGACGAGACGAUUACGAGAAACGCUCAAGCGUUCAUGGAGCUCUGUGAGAAGGAGUGGGGCGACCUCGGCCCUGGGACGUCCACCCCCUCGUCGGGCGACCGGAAGGUCUGCAGCCCGUCGACGAUACCGUUCACCCGGGACGUGCAGGUGUUUUACAAAUACCUGGAGAGGUUGUCGGAUUCAGCCGCUGAGCGCCUGACGACCUGUGAAGGUCCCGAGGCCUACAACACGCUCUGCAGGGUGACGCUCGCACGGGCGGCGGUUCUAAACAGAUGCACGCAGGAGGUGUCGAGGAUGACGCUGAGGUCCUUCCAGGAGCGGGCCGACACCACCAAGGUUCUGUCCAAACACUUCAUCAGGAUAAACAUCGGGACGGGUCAGGGCGCGGCGGUCCUGCUGAGCUCUCAGCUUGUAGACGUGCUGACCCUGCUCAUCAGCAAGAGGGCGGCGUGCAACGUGCACCCGGACAGCCCCUUCCUGUUCGCCAAGCCCGACUCCUCGGCGGCGAGCCACCACCGCGGCGAGGCCUGCAUCAGGUCUUUCUCCAGCUUGUGUCGCGCCAAGAACCCGGAGCACCUCAGGUCGGCGCGGCUGCACAAGCACACGGCCAGAAUCUUCCAGAUCCUCAACCUGGAGAACGACGAGCUGGACCACCUCGGCACGCUGCUGGGCCACGACAUCCGGGCCAAGCGGGAGUACUACCGCUCGCCAGCGGCCGCCGUUGAGCUUGCCAAGAUCGCCAGACUGCUUUUGGCAAUGGAAAAAGGUUCCCUGGAGAGAUUCAAGGGAAGCUCUCUGGAGGAGGUUGAGAUUGAGGAUGAGCUGGAGCCAGACCUGGAACACGACACGAAUACUGACGGCCGGGAGUUGGAUCUUUUACUUCAGCAGGGCGACGAGGCGGACCAGCACAGCCGAUUGUUGAGUCCCGAGCAGGACGCCCUGGAGCACAUAAAGGCUUGCAGAGACAAAUCCUUCCUCCAGCAGAAGUUUAUCGACCCCUUUAAAGGUCGAGGUCUGUUCACCAGGGAGUCCAUCGAACCUUCUGCGUUUGUUGUCGAGUAUCAAGGGAACAUCUUUCCUCACGAAGGAGAUGGAAGGAGAUGUGGAUAUGCUCUCAACGGUUAUAUGUUCAGAUUCUGGUGGAACGGAGCAGAGUGGCGCAUCGACGCUUCGGAGGAGGACGGGACGCUCGGGAGACUUGCGAAUGACGAGCAAACGAGCCCCAACUGCAAAGUCAAGAAGAUCAUUUACGAAAAGAAACCUCACUUGUGUUUGUUUGCGCUGAAGGAGAUAACGCCAGGAGAGGAAAUCACCUUUGAUUAUGGGAACUCCUGCUUCCAGUGGCGCUCGCAGAAAACGUGUGAGGAAGAAGAUGCUUCAGAAACAGACCUAAACACUGCUGCAUCUCCUCUCAUGGAUGAGACGGUUGAGGCUGAAAUCUCCAGUUACAGUGAAUCCUCAGGCGAGGAAAACGUCUGCGAUGAAGAGGCGGACACGGAGCACAGUUUCUCCGACUUCUCCGAUUUCGACGACCCACUCGUCCCCCAACGAGACGAGGGCAGCUCCGGUUCUGACGAAUCGGACCUGGAGGCGCCACCCAAACGCUUUAAAUCCACCAAGGGAAACUUCUGCUACGUCUGCGGGAAAAUUCAGAACAAAAUCUCCCGUCACCUCUUCACGCACAAGAAGGAGGAGGCCGAGAUCGCGGAGGUGUUGAAGUUGCGCCGGAACAGCAAGGAACGUAAGAAGAUGCUGGAGAAGCUUCGAAACCGAGGGAACGACAUGUUCAACCAGAGGACCCUGAAGGCGGGCCACGGACCGCUGAAGCUCAAUAGGAAGCGGGACACGCUGGAGGACUCUGCCAUCUGCAUUUACUGCAAGAAGAUAUUCUCCCAGAAGGGCUUUUGUGGACACAUACAGAGGUGUCCCAUGAAGGUCUCGGACCCUCCGGCGGGGGUCAAGGUUCAGACGUUGGCCCUGGUGGCUACGAGGCUCACGGACCCCCAUCGCAUCUCAUCAGCCGUCAGGAAAAUGUUGAGAACGAUGAAGAGGGACAAGAUCAGCUCUGCGGUUCUAAAGGAUGCCGACCUCCGUCAGCUGGCGCAGUGUUUGUACCACAUGCACGAGGGCAGGAGGAACGAUACGGGCAUCCUCCGGGAGCUGAGGAUCCUGGGAGGACUCCUGUUGACGUUGCAGGAGAAGUCCAUACCCAGCUUCGCCGAGGCCAUGAAGCCUCAGAACUUCAGCGCCGUGGUUGAGGCGGUGAAGGAACGGGCGAGUAGCGGGAAGGAGGCGCGGUUCGUUAAGAAGCUGGUGACCCCGUUGGCGAAUCUACUGAAGAAGCUGGCGGGCAUCAAGUACGCCCGGGCGCUGAACGACGGGGCGGAGAAAGCGGCGUUGCAGGAAGCGGAGGAGUAUAUAAAGCUGUGUAGAGAAGCGUGGCCCUCUGGCACGCCGCGGCUGGCAAAGGUCCCCGGUCAGCCCACCGCGGCCUUCAUGAGGGACGUUCAGGCUCUCUUCAAGUUCACCGAGGACACGGUGGCGUCUGCGGCCAAAACUCUGGCCAUCUACCAAAGCGCCCCGGUCUACACGGCGCUGCUCCGGGGGGUCGUCGUAUUCCUGUCCAUCUUGAACAAAAACCUCCCAAAACUGAGCCUGGAGUCGUUCCAGGAGAGGGCCGAGACGGGGGCCGAGGCGGGGGCCGAGGCGGGGGCCGAGGCGGGGGCCGAGGCGGGGGCCGCCCCCGGACACUCGCAGUUCGAGCAGAUCCUGUCCAGGAGCACCGUGAAGAUCGAGGUCGCCGCCCACAAGGGGGGGAAGGCGUCCCUGGUCCUGACCCCCGAGCUGCUGUCCGCCGUGAAGCUGCUGGUGGAGAAGAGAGCGGCGUGCAGCGUGGCGGAGGACAACCCCUACCUGUUUGGGAAGCCGGACGCCUCCAGCUCCAGCAUCUGCAGCAAACCUGUCUGUUUCAACUUGUUCGUGGUGCGGUGCGGCGCCCAGGCUCGGGCGGGCCUCAGGUCCGAGUUCUUUCAGAAGCAGGUGGCGAGAAUUUUCCAGAUCCUCGUCCUCGGGAACGAUGGGCUCCGUCAGCUGGGGGCGCUGCUGGGCCGAGAGAUCCGGGCGGAGAAGGAGUACUACCGGACUCCGGAGGCGGCCAUGGACAUCGCCAGGAUCUCAGAGCUGCUGUCGGCGCUGAAGGCCGGAUCUCUGGAAAGCUGCGGAGGAACAUCUCUGGAGGAGGUGGAAGUUCCAGACGUACUGCAGCCUGAGGAACCGGAGAGUGAAGCUGAGGAUGAAGACGCGUUAAACUCUCUUCAGGAGGCUGGUUCCUCCAACUCAACAGGCUUCUUUUCAUCCACUAAAAGAAAAAGCAGAGAGGCUGCUGGGAAGAAGCGAGACAGCAGAAAGAAGAAGGGAGACAGCAGCAAGAAGAAGGGGGAUGAAAACGGAGAAACCUCGACACAAACCGCGGAAACCGACGGCCGACCAGAGGAGACGCCGGUGCAGAGACCCGCGUCUCCACCCGAGGAGGGAGCGUCUCCGAGGGAAGACGGGGAUCUGGACGUUUCCUUUAGCGACUACGAUGACAUGAAUGUGGACUUAAACCUCAACUCGGACACAGGCGACGAUGACCAAGAGAAGAGAAAUGAAGAAAACGGUGCCGACAGCGAUGUGGGUGGACCUGCUGCCGGUGCUGAUGGGGAGGAGGCGACGCCAGAGCUUAACGGCUGCGACGGGGCGACCAAGGUCCCGUCUCCUCGCAGGCGCAGCGCUGAGACGAGCCCCGCCCCCCCGGAGGACAACGACUCUGACGACGGAGAGGCAGAACAAGCUGACUGGGAUGAUGUUGACCACAACGACUCCUCUUCCUCUCCGCCUCCAGAAAAGAAAAACUUGUCACCUGCUGAGAUGGGGAUCAAAGAAGUGAGGGUAUUGAUCACAAAACUCGACAUGGCCAAUUUGCAGGCGUCAGUCUAUGCUCCCCGGUUAUCCUCGCCCAACAAGCCGGCGGUUAAAGUUAGCACCGAUUCCAGGAGCGAGAGCGAGACGACGGCUCCGCCCACAGAACUGCCCACAGAAUUGCCCAAAGAACCGGCUAAUGAGCCCAGCUCUGCCAAGGUCGUGAACAUGAUCUGCUCCCACUGCAAGAAGAACAUGAUGAAAGGACAAACGGCCUUCCAGAAAAAGGGCUUCACGGACGUCUUCUGCUCCAAAAACUGCCUGUUUGAGAUGUUUCCGUACAACAAAGCAGCCGUGAGGACGUGUCACUACUGUUGCAAGGAGAUAUUGCAACCGCUGGACCUCAUCAUGGCAGUCGUGGACCCUAAAGGCACCAUGAAGGACUUCUGCAGUCCGACCUGCUUGUGCUCCUUCAAGUCGGAGGCUAAGACGAGAAUCAAAGCGAGGUCUCAGCUCAGCUGCUCUCAAACGAUGUCCACCCAGACCCUGCCGUCACUCUGCAGCACAUGCAAGAAAACCUGCACUACAUCCCUGGAGCUGAGUCUGCAGGAGGGGAUCCACAGCUUCUGCAGCGAGACCUGCCUGGAAGUUUUCUGCAGAGACAAUGUGGGUGUCUGCGAGAACUGCAGCUCCGUCUGCCGCAGAAAGCCGCUCACGCUGAGGCUGCAGGACGGCGCCAAAAGCAUCUGUGACACAGAAUGUUUGGAGGAGCUCAGAAAGGGCAUCCAGACGCCGCACCAGUGCACGCUGUGCCACUGCUCUAAGCCCAUGUCAAGAAUGGUCGUCCACAAGAGCGGCGACAACGUGGUGGAGCUCUUCUGCAGCGCCUACUGUGUGAGGACCCACAAGCUGCUGCCCAACAUCCUGCUGGAGCCGCCAGGAAAGAAAAACUCCACGUCCACUGAAUCGGAGGAUGCGCCGACACUCUUCAUCGCAACCUCGGAUUUAAAAUGUUGCAUCUGCAAGAAAAAGAUGAGGAAAGGGUGCACCGUUUUUAAGCUGAAGAACCCACGAGAGGCUUUCUGUUCUGCAGCUUGUGUCUCGGAGAAACAUCCCAACACUAACCCCAAGAAGUGCCACAACUGCUCUAAGGUCAUCGAAAGACCUCAAAGCGUCAUCCUGUCCCCCGUGGACAGUACGGGAACCAUGAUGGAGCUGUGCAGCGAAGCGUGCCUCUCCUCCAUCAAAUCCAAGCGGAUGGCUGCUGCAAAGCCGCUGCACCAACAGGACGGUCCGUCCUCCCUGUGCAAGAUGUGUGGCAAAUACUGCUACUGUUCGUUCAACAUGACCCUCCGUGACGAGGUCCACAGCCUCUGCAGCAAGUCCUGCCUCAUCAACUACCACAAAGUCAACAACAUUCCCUGCUCCUGCUGCGACAUGUGCGGUGCCCUCUGCCCCCACAAAUGGCUCACGGUUAAACUGGAGGACGGCCCCGUGACCAUCUGCGGAGACGACUGUCUUCACAAGUUCAAAGAGAAGGUGGAGACGCCGCAGCUUUGCUCAAUGUGCCACACACCUCAUAAGAUGCUGGAUAUGCUGGAGAAAAUAAACCCCAAGGGGAAGGUGGACUUCUUCUGCAGCUACCGAUGUGUGACGAUGGACGGAGCCCAGUCCCUCUAUGCCUCAGAAAUGUCUUCAGUUGAUUCCGAUGAGGUGAAGCCGGUGCUGGCGAGUUUGGGCUGCCUGAAAGAAGAGCCGGUCGAUGAGGAAUACGAUGAGAGCCUCGCUAACUCUGUUACCCCAGAGAUCAUCAAGGACGAGCCAAAGCCACCGAAGGAGGAACUGACCAUCGACUCCAUCUUCUCCCUGGUGGAGGACUCGAAGCCCGUAGAGCCGGCCCACGUGGACGUACGCAUGUCCUGCUCGCUGUGCAGUACGGUGCUGACGGACGGGGAAACGGUGUACCAGAGGAAAGGCCACGAGGAAAUAUUCUGCUCCACACCCUGCCUGCUGAAGUUCUACCAGAUGAAGAAGAAGACGUGCCACUUCUGUCUGCAGGUGAUAACCAAACCCGAGGUGGUUCUCCAGGCUUCGGUGGAUGAUGACGGGACCAAGAAACACUUCUGUACCAAGAUCUGUCUCUCCUCCUUCAACUACAAGAAGAUUGUGUCCCCCAAAGCCGCGGUCGAGUCGGUCGGAUCGCACUCGCAGUGCAGCAUGUGCACCCGAUACUGCAUUAGCAAACAUGAGCCUAUCCUCCACAACGACGUCUACAAGAUCUGCAGCGACCCGUGUCUGAAUCGUUUCUGCAACAUCAACAACUUGCACCAAUGUGACAACUGUCGCUCCUGCUGCGCCUCGCAGCUCACGCUGAAGACGGCAGACGGAGACAGGACGCUGUGCGGCGCCGAGUGUUUGGCCCAGUUCAAGCUGAAUGUCCAGACGCCGCAGCAGUGCGCCAUGUGCUGCACAUCUCACCUCAUGUCAGACAUGGUUGAAAACAGAAACGGUGAAGAUGUGAUCGAGCUGCUCUGCACCAACAGCUGCAUGAUGGCGUCCAAGAUCCAGGCCAUCAGCGCAUCAGGUGCAAGUCUGAACUGCGACAACUGCAGUAAGAUGACGAUACCAGCUUGUCACCUCGCCAUGCCGGAUGCCUCCAUCAGAAACUUCUGCACUCUGACUUGUGCCAUGGCUUUCAAGGAUAUAAAGAAAGACAUGACGGCUGCUACCAACUCUCCUGAAGCUCAAAACACAUCUCACAGUGACUUUGACAAACCACAGGAGAAAUUGCUGUGUGUCGAGUGUGAACGGAUCAUAAAGGCUCCACCCAUAGUUGUCCAGACUAAGGGCCGGUUGAACUUUGUGUGCAGUCUGGACUGUUCCCAGGACUUUAAGAAGGCCAACAACAUGAUGAGGACCUGUGAAUACUGUAAGAGUGAGAGGAUCAUGCAUGAGGUCAAGCGCAUCGACAACAAAGACUGCUCCUUCUGCAGUGACGGCUGCAGGAUGCACUUUGAAAAUGAGCUGGAGAUCAGGUGGGGUAAACACUGCCACUCCUGCACCUUCUGCCUCUCGGUCUCCAAGAACGUGUUGGUGAGCCAGAAAAGGACCUCACGAGAAGAGUUUUGCUCCCAAGUCUGCAGCUCGAACUACAAAAGUCUCAUCAGCCUUACAGCAAAGUGUGACGAGUGUGGUCGUACGGGGAGAAUGAAGCAGAGUCUUCCUCUCCUGGGAGAUGCCAAACACUUCUGCACCCUGAAAUGCCUGCUGCGUUUCUGCAAUAAAAGCGUCCACAACGUCCACAAGGUCGACACAGCUGACGCUGUGCAGUCCUCACCCGUCAUCACCAGCGUCAUCUCGCUGUCCAACGCUCGGCCAGGGCAGCCUCGUGCAUCUGACAGCUGCACAAAACUUGGACCUUUCAUAGACAUCCAGACGAAGGUCGUUGGACAUGCCGGCGUCCAGACGUUCUCCAAGGAACUCAAGAACAAAUCUACGCUCUGCGUUCCCCUGGUCCACAACAAAGGAGUCUCCUGCUCGGUGCAAACCGUGGAAAUGGGACAACAGACAGACUGUGAAGAGAAGGCUCCACCCAGGGUGUCAGUGCUGCCGGUGCCGGUCCCGGUGCCGGUCUUCAUUCCCGUACCCAUGAACAUGUACAGCCAGUACGCACCGAAACCUGUUGCCCUGCCGAUACCGCUGCCGGUUCCCAUGUUCUUCUCUGAGAAGCUGAACGGGUCCGAGCCCACAGAAACAGUGGAAGAGAAGAAAGCGAAUGAAUCCAUCGAGGCCAACUCCAGGUCUGAGCCCACAGACAUGGAAGAGAGGAUAGUGAAUGAGUUGAUGGAGGCCGACUCCGGGUCCGAGACUGACGGCAGAGACGAGAUAGAGGACGGCCAGGAUGACGAAGUGACGAAAGAAGAUGAAGAGCAGAAAGAGUCUGCUCUAGACCACAUCAGCAGCCAAAGCAACGAUUCGGACUCAGAUUAUCAGCCCGCUUUGAACGAGCUGAAAGCUUUGAUCUCCGACACCAACAACGGUUUAUCCAGUCAAGCACAAAGCCCCGCUCCCGACUGGGACCUGAACCCGUCCGGCAGGUCUCGGACCUGCCAGACGUCGACUCCUCUGCCUUCGCCUCUGCUGCUGCAACGGCUUCAGGGGAGGGUCCCCACAAACAACAAGGGUUGUGAGCUGCAACUUUGGCCUGAAGCUGAAGAGGAGAUGUCUCACGGAGGUCUUCAAAAGGUGAUGCCCAGGAAGCCCAACAGACUUAAGAGUCAGUGUGGAGUUGAUGCUUGGAGGAAAUGGAUCCAGUGGAGAGAAUCACAAACCCAGCUGGGAGUUGCUUCCUUACCUGCGGUGAAGCUAAAGGCGGACAUCCUGAGGUGCUCUUCGGCCGAGCUGAGCAAUGGCCUCUGCCUUUUAAUCGCCGAGCUGAGGCAGCCGCAGGGGGAGCUGCACUCGCCCGACAGCCUCUUCUACCUCUGCCUCAGCAUCCAGCAGUAUCUGUUUGAGAACGGGCGGGUGGAGAACAUCUUCAGCGACAGGAUCUACCAGAAGUUCUCGGUGGAGUUCACCGACAUCCUGAAACAGUUCAGGCCGUCUCUCACGGCCGGCGGUUUAGUUCAUUCCCGGGUGGAGGAGAAGUUCCUGUGGGACUGCAAGCAGCUGGGGGCGUACUCCCCCAUCGUGCUCCUCAACACGCUGCUCUUCUUCUGCUGCAAGUACUUCGGCCUCACCACAGUGGAGCAGCACCGCCGGCUGUCCUUCGCCAACAUCAGGACCUGCGUCAAUACCAACGGGGACGACUCCAUUUCCGUGGUCCGCUUCUACCGGCUGGAGUCCCGGACGGAGGCAGAGUCCGAUUCAGAAGUCGUGCCGAGGAAGAAACAAAGGUUAAACGAGCGUGAAGAUGAUUACCUGGAGAUCGAGGAGAACACAGAGAACCCGCUGCGUUGUCCCGUCAGGCUCUUCGAGUUCUACCUCUCCAAGUGCUCUGAGUCGGUGAGGCGGCGCAGCAACGUCUUCUAUCUUCUGCCCGACCGCAGCUGUGCUCCGAGCCACCAGCUGUGGUUCUCCUCCACGCCGCUGGACGACACCACGCUGGAGGCCAUGAUUGUACGAACGCUCAUCGUCCGAGAGCUGCAGAGUGACGACAGAGGAGGGACGUGAGAGAACCAAGAGAUCUGCUCCAGAGGAAGAGGAGGACCCUGAAGGAUGAAGGCAGCUACAAAUAAUCACCUUUAGUGUGGAUUCAGUGUUAGGAUUUAGCAUUAACUUGAGUUUAAAUAUGUGGAAAUGUCCAUCCAUCCAUCCAUUUUCUAUACCCACUUUAUCCUUUGAAGGGUCACAGGGGUCUGCUGGAGCUUAUCCCAUCUAUUUUCAGGCGAGAGGCAGGGGUUAGCCCUCAUUCAGACACUUGGUGGAGUCGAUCUGGAUGUUGUCAAAAUAAACUGCCGUCAGUUUUAUGAAGCAGUAACCGUGGAAACACGCUGGCCAGUCUGGGGUAAUCAUAGGCUGGAUCUUGCUGUCGUUCGGAUCCGAAAUAGAAAACCGUGGUUUACAUUAACGGUUGAUUUAAACUGUCUUAAGAGUUUGUUUGUUUGUUUUUUUAAUUAACACAUUUCAAUUUUGUGACUUUUAUUUUUAAUAAAGAAAUAUAUUGAA